AUGUCCGAAGAGUCCCGAGAACAUCCGAACAAGAUUCCGAAACGCUACCCUCUGGUGCUGCCAUCUGUUGUAAGAGGGAAAUUCAAACUCAUGAUGGAUGCCUUUCCACAAAAUUCACCUGAAAUUUCAUGCUUUUUGGAAGCGAGACGGUGCCUUCAAGAUGUAAAAUGUCUCAAGUUUUGUGAGUUGGCGACGAAAGGGACUGGAAGUGAUGGCGGCAACGUGACAGAAGUCUCAGGGGCCAGACUCUCCAUCAUGAAGGAACAAUUCACAACCAUGAAAGGACAAAAGAUUGCACUUCUCACACAGCUGAAAUUCACAGAAAACUUGAUUAAAGAUAAUCCAUCGUGUUGGGCUCUCGGUCAAACCGAAGCAAGAGAGCUGUUUGGCUCUGUUCGUGACAGCUUGAGGAAAUGGAAGGAAACGCUAAUGGAAUUGACAGGGCAGGCAGAGGAGUUGACUGAGGUGUAUCAACAAUGCUUGGAAGAAUAUGAAGAUAAAAAGAAAACACUUGAAAACAAACUAUCAGAUCUUGAACAGAAGCAAAACAGACUCAUGGGGUUAAAACAGAAAUAUAAUGCUCUAAGUCAAAGAGUGGACCUUACAGACAUGCGUGGUGACCAUAUUGUAACGAAAGUGAAGGAAUUGGAUGACACAAGGAUGGGACUAGAAAGUGGACUUGUAAGUUGCAAAGAUAAAAUGGAGUGUAUAUCAGUGGCGGUGAAAUGUAUUUAUGAUCGGUUCGCAGAUAUCCAGAAACUGGUCCAUGCCAGUUUGGAGAUUGCAGAAAACAUAGUGAGCAAUUUGGAAGACAAGCUAGCUAACGACAAAGGUUUAUAUGAAAGUUUGAGCUGUGUCUGUCAUUGGAAAGAAGCCAUCAGUAGUGUUAGGGAAACAACUGUCAAUCAAGAUGUUGCCAUUGUUGAACUCACUUCCCCAGAUGGAGAGGAAAAACUCAAACUGUCCAUGGAGUUUAAAUUCAAUGAGUUUGGCGAUUUUGUUCUUGCAACAGCGCACGUAGAUGACAAUACAGUUGAAAUUGGAGACCUUGUAGACUAUGCGGUAGCAAAUGACAACAUCCUUCAUCUUGUAAAAGAAGUGCAAGCCAGAUGGGUUACACAUCGCCCUCUCCUCUCAGAAAUAUCAACAUUGCAAAACCGGUUUGCCAUUGACUGGAUAAGUGAGCAGAACACCUUGCGCAUGAUGCUGGGACUUGGGGGACACAUUGUCUGUACUCUUACCAUCAGUGAUGGAUACCCAAAUACAGGCUGUGUUGAAUUGACAAAUGUUGAAGGCUUCAAUGAAGACUUACUAUUGGAAAACAUCAAGCCAGAGCAAGAGAAGCCAUCCCUGACCAACUGGCUGGAAUAUCUCCACCUGCAGUUCCACACAAAAUGAGAUACAGAGACUUUCAUUUUCAUUUUCGGAUUCUCAUUGUGUUGUGGAGAAAUUAUGCAAGUGCUCCUGACAUUUAUUUUCAAUGGACAGGUCCAUAGCCGAAUGAGCAAAUAUAGAAUGCUUAUUCGUUGUGAUCUCCAUGACACACAUGUGUUCAUUUGAGACUCAUUAAGUACUCUUGCUCCUAUAUGUAUGUGGAAUUAUCAUUUCAAGUGCAGGUUCCACGAGAGAACCUCGAAAUUUUGUAGUCUCGAGAAAAUUGUAUCUGUCCGUUGAUUUGUGGUUUUAAAACCACUAUUG